GAAAAUUGAAAAAAGCCCUAAUUUUGAAAUUCAAUGGCGUCGUUGAACUUGUUCGUCACUCCGAUAGCAGCCGUAACCACACAACAACAAAGAAGAAGAGUAUACACCGCUGCUACGGCAUCGAAGAGCUCCGGCGGAAGCACUGAGGAGAAAUCGCUUUUGGAUUUUAUACUUGGUGCAUUACAGAAGCGAGACCAGCUAUUGGAGACAGAUCCACUGCUGAAUAAAGUAGAGGAUAAGAGUGUAAGCACCACCACUACAGGCAGGAAGAACUCUGUUACUGUUCCUCCUAAGAAGGAUGGCGGCGGAUUUGGCGGAUUUGGUGGCCUUUUUAAUAAGAAAGAAUGAUUCUACUAUGUGAGUCUGCUUAAUUUUUUUUCACAAAAAUUCUGCUUCCUUGUAUGAAAUUUAUAAUUUACUUCGCUCUGUAAUCUAUUCAUACUAUUCGAAUUGAACAAUUCAUGAGCUACUUGCUUGCUCUGCAACAUUGGUUAUUUGGUGAUGGUAGCUGCAUUUGUAUACUAUAACAUACUUUUAAUACACAUUUCCUCCCAAUAAACAUCAUAUCUGUUGUUCUGAA